AUGGUCGUGUCCAAAGAGGAUCCGGAGCUUCUGCCGCUUGUGCACAGCGUACAACAAGACGGUGUCUGUGUACCCGCAGGAAAAGACGUUCCAAGUGUGACGACAUCUAACCGUCGUGACGAAGAAGAUCGUGUCGUGUUUCUCGUAGUACCGGGUCUCUCCGAUGACGACCCAGCCGCUGUAUCCAAGAUCGAGACUUUGCUCAAGAAUAGCGCCCUGGGCGUAUGCAAUGUCCAGCUGGACCUGGUAGAGAAACUAGCGAGAAUUGAGCUCACGUAUCGUGCAGAUGAAGCCACAGAGGCUUUGCUUGCCGACGUUGUGCGACGUGCAACACCCAAUCAACUUGUGGCGUAUCCCGUUUGGCAGCAUCGUGAGCGUAUCGUGCGUCUCCACGUCGAAGGAAUGCGCUGUAUGACCAACUGUGGACGUCAAGUGAUUCGUGCACUCGAGCAGAUUCCCGGCGUGCUGCAUAUUCAUGUGGAUUCCAAGUCCAAGACGGCAGAAGUGGCACUAGCGAAAGGCUGUACAGCCACGGAGGUGGAUCUCAUCAAGUACAUUGACGCAGCAAAUCCUCGAUUCAAUGCGUCAAUUACUAAGCAGAAGAAAGAGUCGACAAACUCAGUUCCAGGGGCGAUCUUACUGAAUAUCACGGGCAUGACGUGCGCUAAGAAUUGUGCGACAAAGGUUCAGACGGCCUUGCAAAGUGCUGCAGACGUAAUUGAUGCUACGGUCGACUUUAACAAUAACCGUGCGACUGUGAUUCUUGAGCCGGAGAGUGAACUGGGAGAGGAAGAUUUGAUUCAAGUCGUGCGCAGUAUUGACAAGAAGUUUAAUGCUUCACGUUAUAAACUUUUCGCAAAUGACGGGGACUCGCGUGUUGUGUAUCUCACAAUCAAUGGUAUGAACUGCGCCAAGAGUUGUGCGAGAAAGGUACAAGAUGCAUUGAAUGGUGCUAAAGGAGUUAUCAAUGCCAAGGUGGACUUCGAUACGAAGCGAGCUACCGUUUUCGUCGAGACAGACAGCUAUCUGACCGAGAGCGAUCUAAUUGAUGUCGUACAUUCCGUGGGCCAAAAGUUUACAGCGUCGGUGGCGACACCGACCAGCGGGCCACGUACAAUUCGUCUUGCAAUCGAAGGCAUGAGUUGUGCUAAAAAUUGUGCGCGCAAGAUCGAAAAAGUUCUGAAUGCGGAACCAAGUGUAGAGAUUGCGAAGGUGGACUUCUCGUUAAAGCGUGCGAUUGUUCAGCUUCAGUCUGGCAGUGCACUCUCCGAAAACGAUCUGAUUGAAGUCGUUCGUGCAGCUGGUGCCAAAUUCGAUGCCACGGUGUACGUUGCAUCGAGUAGUCCCCGCACGGUUGUGCUAGACAUUGAGGGAAUGAGCUGCGCCAAAAAUUGUCCACGUAAGGUCCAGCAGUUUCUCUACGAAACAGAGGGCGUUGUAUCGGCAUCUGUGGAUUUUGCUGCACAAAGGGCAUUUGUUGAGGUGGAUCCUGAUGGUCAGUUUAAUGACGAGGACUUACUUCAAGUGGUUGAACGCGCGGGGUCGAAAUUUCGCGCUCGUCUUGUUACGCCAAGAGCUAAGAAAGCUCCUGCUGUUGCUGAAAAGCCUGAACAUCACGCUAAAGUGAAGCCGGAGGUAGCGUCAUUCACUACAUCGGACGAUCUAGCGCUUUCCAUUAGCGCAGAUAAGAGCGAGAUUGGAGAUGCAACGCUUCUGAUCGGUGGCAUGACUUGCAACUCGUGCUCAAAUUUGGUCGAAAACGUUCUGAAGCAAACGGAAGGUGUCAUCUCAGCUGUUGUUAGCUUUGCAACGGAGAAAGCGUCGGUCCGCUUUGACAAGGACGUCGUUGGUAUCCGGACGCUUGUUGAAACAAUUGAAGAUAUUGGGUAUGAUGCCUCGUACCUGUCGGGUAUAGAGGCCCAGAAAGCUCUCGGAGACCAGCGCACAAACGAGAUCAAGCGGUAUCGCGUUGACUUUUUUGUAUCGGUGCUCUUUACGUUUCCAAUUCUCCUGACCAUGAUGGUGUUUGACAACAUCGCGUCUAUUGAUCGUGGUUUGGCCUCGACGAUUCUUCCAGGAAUCACGUGGCAAACUUUGAUUGUGGCGACUUUAGCCACGCCAGUUCAGUUUUACCCUGGUCGUCGUUUUCACGUUGAUGCGUACAAGGGAAUGAAAAACCGAAUGCUGGGCAUGUCGUUCUUAGUAUCCAUGGGCUCCAACGCAUCGUACUUUUAUGGGCUGUUUAGCAUCAUACGUGCCUUUUUGCUGGACGACGCAAGUGUUGCCAAUCCAGACACGUUCAUGACGUCGUCAAUGCUGCUUUCGUUCGUGAUUCUGGGCAAGUUUUUGGAAUCGAUUGCAAAGGGCAAAACAUCAGCAGCAUUGAGCAAGCUGACAGAGCUGCAGGUCAAAUCGGCUACGUUGCUGGUUUUUAGUGCAGAUGGAACCAAAAUCCGAGAAGAGCGGAUCGUUCCCAUUGAGUUGGUCCAGCGUGGCGAUACUUUAAAAGUCGUUCGCGGGUCGUCCGUUCCAGCUGAUGGUGUCAUCGUGUACGGUGAAGGUCGAAUUGAUGAAUCGAUGUUGACUGGUGAAUCCAAGACAAUCAAAAAGGUCGCUGGUGAUCGCGUGCUGGGGGCAACCAUCAACGUUGAUGGGUUGUUCCAUAUGAAGGUGACUGGUGUGGAGAACGAUACUGCAUUGAGCCAAAUCAUUCGUCUUGUGGAGGAUGCGCAGACCUCAAAAGCACCAAUCCAGGCGUACGCAGACUACGUCGCGUCCAUCUUUGUCCCGACUGUGCUGGUGUUAUCGCUCCUGACAUUCUUAGUAUGGUACAUCGCUUGCAUUUUCGAGAUUGUUCCAGCAAGCUGGAUCCCGCACACGGAUAGUAGAUUUAUGUUUGCGUUCAACUUUGGCAUCGCAACGCUCGUCGUUGCUUGUCCAUGUGCAUUAGGCUUGGCAACGCCUACGGCAGUAAUGGUCGGGACGGGAGUCGGCGCUGAGCAUGGUGUAUUGAUAAAAGGCGGUGAGCCACUUCAGGCUGCGCACAACGUUAACACGAUCUUGUUCGACAAGACGGGAACCCUUACUGUGGGGAAGCCUGUGGUGACAGAUGUGGUGGUGCUCAAUAAGAAGCUGAGCACUGAGGAGCUCAUCAUCUUGGCUGGGUCGGCUGAACUUGGUAGUGAACACCCGCUGAGUAAGGCGAUCAUCGAGUACGCAAAGUUCAUCUCAUCAUCACUUGAGCAGCCGACAAGUUUCUGCGGUGUUUCCGGAAGGGGCAUUGCAUGUAUGGUUGGCGUACACAAGGUCGUCAUCGGCAACAGAGAAUGGAUGGCGGAUAAUGGCUUGAAGCGUUUAACUAGUAUUGUGCUACAGCAAGCUACUCUGACUUUCCAAAAUGCCGGGAAGACAACAAUUUACAUGGGUGUUGACGACGAGCUCAGUGUUGUCUUUGGUGUCGCGGACGCUCCGCGCAAAGAGUCGAUCCGUACACUCAAGAAACUAAAGCAGAUGGGCCUGGAGGUUUGGAUGGUCACUGGUGACAACGCGCGUACUGCACUUACCAUUGCUGACCAACUAGGUAUCAGUCGUCGCAACGUCAUGGCCGAUGUGAUUCCUUCUCAAAAGUCAUUAAAGGUCAAGCAGCUCCAGAGUACGGGUCGCAUUGUUGCUAUGGUUGGUGAUGGCAUCAAUGAUUCACCUGCACUUGCGCAAGCGGAUUUAGGUAUUGCUAUCGGCGGUGGCACUGAGAUCGCUGUGGAAACAGCCGGCAUGGUCCUCAUGAAAGCCAACUUGCUCGACGUCAUCACGGCGCUAGAUUUGUCCCGAUCGAUCUUCAACCGCAUCCGCCUAAACUACAUAUGGGCUCUCGGCUACAACUGUUUCUUGAUUCCGCUGGCCGCAGGUGUGCUCUUUCCUUACGGCUUUAGUAUUCCUCCCAUGUAUGCGGGUGGUGCCAUGGCCAUUUCGUCCGUAUCGGUAGUGACCUCCUCGCUCUUGCUUCGCAAAUACACCCCUCCAGCUCUUCCCGAGGACUUCAGCGCUGACGAUACCAAGUCAUUACUAUUCAAAAAGCCGACGGUCACCACACCGCUGCUCGCCUCCAGCACGCUAGAAUAG